CAGGAUGGCUGAGAUGUGAUGGAUGGUAUGAUCAUGUUGGCAUUGCUCAUCACAUACUAUGGCAAGGAAAUAGCUAUGGAAGACACCUUCAUCAGCUGGGAGCAAACUGUAGACCCACCAGGCAGCAGCACUGGCAGGCACAGACAUUUGAACCAUUCACAGAGUCCAAGGGACUUCUUUCAAUGGGAUGACACACAGAGUGCUGGAUUUUCAGCAAAUAAAGGACAGUUGUCAGUGAAUACAAACUACAAGGUUCUCAAAGUGAAAAAUGAGAUGAAGCAUAGCAAGAGCCAGCAUAGUAUCUCCAAACAUCUUGUGGAAGCAGAAGUGUCCAGAAUAUAGCGUCUUUGAAUAUUAGUAUUUUGUAUGAAGAUACAUUCUCAAUUGCAAGGUAAGCUACAU